AUGUCGACUGACAGAACUGAUACCGCUUGUCGUGAUGAAAAACCAAAAUCAGCACCUGUGCCUCGCGAUGCACGCUUGAUCUCGCUCAUCCUCGCGAGCAUGGGUAUCGAAGAUGCUGAGCCAGCUGUCUUGGUACAAUUACUUGAAUUUGCACACCGAUAUACAUCCCAAGUUCUACAAGAUGCACUAGUGUAUUCCGAUCAUGCUUCAUCACGGCAAGGUGGGAGCAGUGUCUCGAUUGAUGAUGUGCAACUGGCUAUCCAGAGUCGUGUCAAUUACAGUUUUACGCAACCACCACCCAAGGAAAUGCUGCUUUCACUCGCCACAACCUUAAACAGUGUACCAUUACCACCUGUAUCCAACCGGUACGGCAUCCGUCUUCCUCCGCCCGAGCAUUGUCUCACAAAUCUCAAUUUUGCUAUUGUGCCAGACCCACCGCCCAAACCUGAGUUUGGAGACUCAGUGAUUCAGCCACCUGUCGUGGGGCAGUCAGUUGCGCAGCCUGAUGUGUCAGCGAAUGAUGUGGAAGAUACGUCUAUGGGUGAAGCGGAUACUGGUGAAUCGCGAGGUGUGAAACGCACGCUGGAUGAGGACGAAGACUAUGAUUAG